UCGGGUUGCUGCUUGUGCUGCCUUGACCGGGGUUUGUUGUGUUGUUUGCGCUCUUCCAUCAGUCUUUUAGUUGCUGUUAAACGAGCGAGUGUGUUGGCAAUUUUUUCCAUUCCUCUUGAACAUUGAAUUGUGUGAGCUUAAAAUAUUCUGUUGCUCGGCGCUGGGUUGUUGUUAAUAAUAACAUCAGCAAUAAUUACACAAAAGUAUCGAUUUAUUAGAAAAACUAUUCUUAACGACAUUGAAUGAAAUUGAAAAGUCAGAAAAUGACUUCUUCGGCUUCGUCGGCGGACUCAAAACCGGACAAUUAUCAAAUCAAUGCUAAAAUAUGUCGCUUGGUGGAACAAUAUCCGUGCAUGUACGACCGUUCACAUCCACAUUAUUUGAAAAAAGAUGUUGUCGAUCAGGCUUGGGUGAAAAUCGCUAAAGAAAUGAAUGAUUCAAUACCGUCGUGCAAAGAACGUUGGCGUAAUAUACGCACAUCAUACGCCCGCUCGAUAAAUGUAAAUAAAAUACCGGCAAGCGCUAAUCGUACUAAGCCUUAUUAUCUGCACGAAGAACUUCAAUUUCUAUCGCUUCACAUAACACCCGGCAUACCUAUAUCCAGGCACUACAGAUUAACUCAUCAUAACGACAAGGUUGAUAUUCUGAAAAAUGCAACAGGUGGGGAGGAAUCAUUUGACAGUUAUGCUGCUACCAUGCGAGAUGAUGAAGAGGACAAUUGUCCCGACCGUGAUGAAGGUAGCAAGAGUGUAUCAAGUGAGAAAAUGGCCAAGAUACAACAAGAAAUGGAACAAGAAAUUAUUCAACAGGAAAGGCAACAACAACAACAAUCAAUUCCAAAGCCUAUUGUCCAAAUUGAAGAGGAAGAAACCGACGCAAUUAUAAACAACAGUAAUAGACGAAAUUCCAUAAAUUACGCAUGCGCGCCGCCGAAAAAGAGAUUG